GCUGCGCGAGCUGUUGCCGAGGCCGAACAUGGCGAGUAACCGCCACAGCUCGAGCCCGCAGCCUGGGCCUGCGAGCGGCGCCCCGUCCUCCGCCCCGGGCGGCAGCGGCAGCAGCAGCAGUAGCCGCGGGCCCGGCAAAGCGCCCGCCAGCGGCAACAAGAAGCGCCCGCUUCUCAACGGCCUGGUCAAUUCGUACGAGGACAAGAGUAGCGACUUCGUGUGUCCCAUCUGUUUUGAGAUGAUUGAAGAGGCACACAUGACAAAAUGUGGUCACAGCUUUUGCUAUAAAUGUAUUCGACAGAGCCUUGAAGUCAGUAACCGAUGCCCAAAGUGUAACUAUGUGAUUGAUAAUGUUGAUCAGCUAUACCCUAACUUUCUAGUUAAUGAACUAAUCCUGAAACAGAAGCAAAGGUUUGAAGAAAAGCGAUUAAAACUGGAACAUCCAAAUGGUCACAGGUGGCAGGCGAUACAAGAUGUUUUAAUCACAGACCAGGACAAUUUGGAUCUUGCUAAUGUGAACCUCAUGCUGGAGCUUAUAAUACAGAAGAAACAGCAGCUGGAAGCUGAGUCACAGGCAGCUCAGCUGCAUAUCCUCAUGGAGUUUCUUCAGGAGGCAAAAAGGAAUAAGAAGGAGCAAUUGGAACAGUUACAGAAGGAGCUGAAUGUUCUUGAGGAGGACAUCAAACGAGUAGAGGGGCUGAUAUUUAAUGAGCCAACGGGUCUGUAUUCUCCUAUGAAUGAAUUGACUCGUGUGCCAAACCUGGAUAGCACAGUUCCGCAGUUUGAAGCACCAUCCCCGUCACACAGUAGUAUUAUGGAUUCUCCUGAAUAUUCCCAGCAUCCAGGUUUCAGUGGAAAUUCACAGGGAAAGCGACAAACGUACAACAACACAUUGGCCUCUCGGCGCAAGCGAUUAACUGCUCAUUUUGAGGAUCUCGAGCAGUGUUACUUCUCGACCAGGUUAUCACGAUUAUCAGAUGAAACCAGAUCGGUAAAUCAGCUGGAAGAAUUUCAGGAGUGUCUUUCAAAGUUUACGCGGUACAGCUCGGUAAGGCCCCUUGCCACCCUCUCCUAUGCCAACGACUUGUACAAUGGCUCAAGUAUUGUUUCUAGCAUUGAAUUUGAUCGAGACUGUGAUUUUUUUGCCAUUGCUGGUGUGACAAAGCGGAUCAAGGUGUUUGAAUAUGGCACAGUGAUCCAGGAUGCUGUUGACAUUCAUUAUCCAGUCAAUGAAAUGACCUGCAAUUCUAAAAUCAGCUGUAUCAGCUGGAGCAGUUAUCACAAGAAUUUGUUAGCAAGCAGUGACUAUGAAGGGACAGUGAUUCUGUGGGAUGGAUUCACGGGGCAGAGAUCAAAGGUCUACCAGGAACAUGAAAAGCGAUGUUGGAGUGUGGAUUUUAAUCUAAUGGAUCCCAAGCUCCUUGCUUCAGGUUCCGAUGAUGCUAAAGUGAAAUUGUGGUCCACGAACUUGGAUAACUCUGUGGCAAGCAUUGAGGCAAAGGCGAAUGUUUGUUGCGUUAAGUUCAGCCCAACCUCCAGGUACCACUUGGCUUUCGGAUGUGCAGAUCAUUGUGUCCACUAUUAUGAUUUGCGGAAUACAAAACAGCCUAUCAUGGUCUUUAAAGGACAUCGCAAGGCAGUAUCAUAUGCCAAGUUUGUAAUAGGAGAAGAAAUAGUUUCAGCGUCGACAGAUAGUCAAUUGAAGCUGUGGAAUGUGAACAGACCACACUGCCUGCGAUCCUUUAAAGGGCACAUCAAUGAAAAGAACUUUGUGGGGUUAGCAUCUAAUGGAGAUUAUAUCGCCUGUGGAAGUGAAAACAAUUCUCUCUACCUCUACUAUAAGGGGCUCUCAAAAACACUGCUCACGUUUAAAUUUGACACAGUUAAAAGUGUUUUGGACAAAGACAAAAAGGAGGAUGACACCAAUGAAUUUGUCAGUGCUGUGUGUUGGAGAGCAUUACCAGAUGGGGAAUCAAAUGUCUUAAUAGCUGCUAACAGCCAAGGCACAAUAAAGGUGUUGGAACUGGUAUGAAUGGAGAUGGCAUUGGUGGUAUCUUCCCAAUCAGUUGUUGCCAUGAAGUCAAGUUCCUUGGGAUUGAUGAAAACCUUUGGCGGACAACCCAGCAUCCUUUUCAUGAUUCUUCACCACCAGCAACAGUUGCAAGUGCCAGGACUGUGUAACUGUAAAUGCUCCUCAUUGGUCAGAAGAAUGUGAUGUGAGGUUGAAGUAAUCCUGAUCAAUAUUUUCAUAAACCGAAAUCUCUGAAGAAUAAGGGACUCGUACUUUCAAUGGACUUGUGGUCCACAUGUAACUGUAAUGAUUUAAAUUCUGUCUUGUGUUUCACAGAGAUUAUUACAUAAACAGAGUACAGUUGGCUUACCAAGAGCAGGACUAGAGAGAAGAAACUAGGCCAUUCUUUUUCAGUUGAUAUAAACUCUACUGAGGUAACCUUACUCAAUUUUUGUCUGGGGUCUCCAAACUGGGGUAAAUGGGUUUAAAGGCAUUAUUUUUAACCUGAUGUAAUUUUGCCUUGGGCAGUUAUCAAACAGUGCUUUCUUUAAAUUGACUAAGCUUUCUUGUGUUGGAUGAAUCCAUUCGUACUGAUAUGAGCUAUAAUGAGGGAGAAAAUGAAAGUAUUUCAAGAGAUUAUGAUUUUGGGGACACCCAUCACGUGUCUCUUCGAGUGCUUUAUAUGACCGAGUUACAAUCAGAAUAUUAUAGAGAUUGCUCUAUUCUGUGCCAGGAUGGCCACGCAUUAAAUUCAUGGAGCCAAGAUUGGUUGGGAGCUGUUUGUGCAGCAUUAGGGAGUGGGGGAGAGGUGGAGAGAUGCAACUGGGGACAUUUUUACAGGGAGCGGCGAUUGGAUGGUGGCAUAAAAUUUACUCUUAGAGUUAUGGACAGCAUUUAGAUUGCGUUGAUCUGUGACUUGUAAGUUACCAUUUUAACUAGUAAUUGUUACCUCAUUCAGGGUAUGGAUUGGCCUGGUAUUCAGGCUUAAUUGAUAUUCAGGUUAAAAUAUUGACCUUUUUGAACCAUUAUCAAGUUUACCUACACUUGCGCACAAAUGUUGUCACAGUCCGUUGUUUGAUUUUUAAAUUCUCCUUUGAGUUUCAGUUCAUACUUAUCAAACAGUAGUUGUCUGUGAUGGAGUAUUGAGGAUAUUUUCAUCUAUCAAUUCAAACACUAUAAUUCAAUCACAACCCUUUUGUACAUUUUCCACUCGUAUUUGGUUUCUAAUCAUCUAACCAUCAUUAAAAGAUUUUUUGAAGGUG